AUGGAAACGAUCCUGGAAGAAGAUUGCUUCGACAUGGCUCCAAGCUCCAGCUCAACUCCGAGUGAGUCGCCGAACGAAGAGGCCCAGGAAAUUCCAAUCGGAGUUGCACUGGGGUUCGCAUUGAGCGCCGACAAGCGCAUUGCCGAGACUACUGAUCGCGCCGACACGAGUGGCUACCCGUCGCAAGUCGCCAACGAUGGAAGCGCCAAUAAUCAAGAUACGCCGCCCACCAAUUCGUCAACCCCUGGCGCCUACCCGCUUGACCAGCCAGAAUCCGACCUCGCGAUCGCUCAGGCUGGCGCUCAAGAUAUGCUGCCGACCAGUGCCCCACCACCACGUACCCAUUCGCGCCGACCAUCAGAGCACGACCUUAUGGUUUGUCCUACUGGACUCACAGCACUUGACGACACGGAAUACAACGUAAUGCUCGACGUGCUUGUCAAUGCAGCAGCACAAUGCGAGCUGACUCGAGAGAUCUGCGACAGAAUCAUAAAGGGGUUCUUGAGCGACAACAUGAGCUUCGGAACGGCGCUGCGGGAUGUUUGCUGGAGCCUUGAUGGGGUUUGCUGCGCUUGGGCUUUGCUUCUGAUGAUUUGGGUCUUGAUGGGUACUACUGCCUGA